AUAUAAUGAAAUAAAACGCUUUGAAACGCUGUUAUCUUAUUUACACAAAACGGCUGCGAAAAUUACUUUGUAUCGUUAUUCCAUCUCAAAUCGCGAUCGCGAUUAAAAAUAUUAUUUUUAACACAAUAAAAAAAAUAUAUUUCUAACAAAUAAUUACCAAUUGAUAAUUCGCGCAAUUAAUUGCGUUACGCAAUGACUCAAAUAUUUCAUUCGUACUGCUGUAAAUUUUUAAUGUAAUUCCGUGUAAUUGCCAUUAUUCAACAAAAUUCGUGUAGAUUAAUAUCGAUUAGUGCCGUUGAAAAUAUCACGCAUAUUUUGUAAGUAUCGGAGAAGCAGUCAUGAAUGAAUUACGAAAAGGAAAAGGAAGCCCGGAGAACAUCAGUUUUCAGCGAAACAACUUUUUGUGAGAUGAUUCAGAUUAUCACGUUACGUUUUUCAAGGAGAUUCUAAAAACAAUACAGUGAUGCAAUCAGCCUGUGACGACAUCGUGCGACACAGUUUUGUUCGGCCGCUUUGUUUAUGCCAUCGUAUUGCGCAAUGAUUUGCAAUCGUAUGAAAUCAUUUGAAGAAAGAAUAAAUUGUUGAAUUCUGCAUGUGAACGCGAGUGAAAAAUAUUGAAUAGUGAAGAACGAUAACAGUAGUACGUUUAUUAAUGAAUAUUCAUUAAAAUCGCGGUUUGUGAUUUUUAUAACCUCUAUCUUGGAUUGGCAUCAUAUCUUAACCUACAUCAGUCGAGAAACAGUUCACGAGUGAGUUCAAAGGAUUGAAUGGAUUGAAGCAAUGAAACAGACAACGAAGCAGUAAUAACAGGAUAUCGAUCGCUCAUUUUAUCGCUCGUUUCGAUUUUGAAAAAUCAUACAAUUGUACGUGUGAUAACAUGCGGCAUAAAGGGCGAGAGAAGUUUGAGUUAGCUGUAUUUAUACAGUAAAAGUCGCAACGACGAUGCGCCACGACGUUUUCUCAAGAGGCAAAGAAAAUACGUAACGUUGUAAAAGGCCACGUUUAUCCACCUUCAUCGUGCUUCUUCUGCCUGCUUACGAGAGCUCGCCACUCGUGAUAUAUGACUCGGCGAACCCGGACGUAUUUUCUAGUGGCCUGAAAACUCAGCAGACACAAAAAUCUAUGGUCUAUGUUAAUAAAUGUAAUUAUUAAUAAAAGUGUGGUCUCAUAAUCAACAUUUCAAGAAAAUGUUUUCGGAUGACAUUAUUUAUGUGCUGUUUCGAAAAACCGAUACUGGAACCAGUUUCGACGUGUGGCACACCGAAGCUUGUCGCUUGGCGCUCGUAAGAAUUAUUUCGAGGUUUAGCCCUCCUAAUUUAAUAGCAACGAACAAGAAGAAUAUUUCGGCAGAACGAACGACGGGAAUCGUCGGCGUGAGCUGGAUAAAGAACAUUGAAAAGAGUCCACCCUCUAGUCUCCUUGCCUUAGCAAUGACGAAAGACGUGGAUGGACGAGCAGCGCUCGACGUUCGGAUGAAUUUCGGAUAGAACCACGUAAUCAAUUACAUGGAUACUUCUUCUAUGAGCGAUUUACAGCUUUAUGAUGUGACACGAGAACAGAAAUGACAAAUACGUCGAGCGUGGUGCUGAUAAUUGCCGCGAAAAUGCACGUCUCUAAAGUGCCAUCCACGCUGCCAUCUUAAAUCAGCUGUCAAGCAGACGAUACGCAGAAUUUAGUGUAUCAUUUAGUCUCUGUGGGGACAUGGAAAUAUCUGAAGACGAUAUACGAAUAAGAAAUCAACCUACAGACUUGUAUGAUAAACUCUCAGUGUAUGAUAAACAGAAGAGCGAUGAAACGGACCUUAACGAAGUCGAGAUAAUUACAGCAGCGCAGCGUUUUUGUACUAUCGAAAUUAAAGAGAGUACAAAUUAUCACACAAUCGGUGAGAAAGCGAUUGAUAAAGAUCAGCACGAGACUAAGGAAUCAAGCAUCUCAGAUUCUACUUUAGAGAACAUAGACCAUACCGAAAGCAGUGCCAUUAGUAACGCAUUAACGGAUCCGCUUUACUUGGACACCUUGGAUUCUGAUUCCAUAAAUAUCGAAUUCCAGAAACAGCCGAGCACAACAGAAGUGUUUAUUCGAAACGAUGACCAGAUCCAAUCGACCAAUUACAAUAUAUCUACAGUAACAAUACCGAACGAAUUCUUGGAUGGGCUUAAUAUUAAUAUAAAGAAGGAGGAUGACGAAGGUAGCGGUACGCUGUACACUGCGGAGUGGUUAUGCGACAGCAAUAACGACACCAGUAUACAAUUGAGAGUCUUGAAGGAUUCUAAGCAAAAUAUACAAAUUCCUGUGGAUGUGGACGCCGACGUAAUUGCGAUUACGAAACGUAGAGGUCAAUUAACGGACGGAAAGGAUACUGCGGAGCAAGAGAAAACUAAAGUAUCCAGAAGGACGAAGAAACACGUAAGAUUAAAGUCCACCGUGUGUCAGGACUACAGAGAGCGAUUGAGAAAAAAGGCUGAAUGUAUGAGAGAGAAACGGAAGAAGUUGUAUGAGCAAGAGAGCGAGGAGCAACGUCUGCAAAGGCUGGCGAAGGAAGCGGCGAAGAGACGUGAGAUGAGAAUGUAUUACGAGACACCGGAGCAACGAAGGAAAAGGUUGGACGCUGAAGCAGCGCGAAAGAGAGAAUACAGAAUGUAUAACGAGACGCCGGAAGACAAGAGAAAGAGAUUGGAUCGUGAGGCCGAGAGAAGAAGAGUGAAGAGGCUUUCGUUGUACGCGAGCGAAACGCCGGAACAGAGAAGAGAAAGGCUGAACAAAGAAUCAGCGAAGAGGCGAGAAGCUCGACUGAAUCAAUAUGCUAAAGAGACGGAGGAGGAAAGGAAGGAGAGAUUGCGAAGGGACGCCCUGAGAGCCAGGGAGAUGAGAUUCACGAGAUCCGCCAUCGAGACGGAGGAAGAGCGUAGGCAAAGGUUAGUAAAAGACGCCCUUAGGAAGAGGGAGGUAAGGAUGCAUGGGGGCCAUUCAGUGAACAAUAAUUUCACAGAACUCCGAACUGUUCGCAAUUUUCAAGAACUGAACGAUGUGCAGAUAAGAGACAAUCCGGAAACUCAAUUGGAUGGCCAUUACUUGAGCAACUGGAUGAUGUGGUUUCAGAACACAUUGACACAACCGGUUCACAGUGGGGAACAGAUCACACAGCCACAGCAUAAUAGAUAACUUGUGUUUUCUGCUAUAAACGUACUUCCAGGACUUUUGUAUAUGGACGAUAAUACCAUCGAUAAUAGCGACCAACCUGAAUGUGCUUUAUUAUGCUUCCUAUACAAUUUCCGGAGCGACAAAACCGUAAUAGCAGAAUUACAUUCUACCGAUGUAUUAUUAAUAUCAUAUACGAAACUUACAAUAUAUAGCAAUAGGAAUUUAAAUUCGUUUAGGAAAACUAUUUUAUAAUAUUUAUAUAAACGCCAAGCACAAGUACAGUCUUUUGAUAUUAAGAACUGUGUAACUUAUCGAGUACAUUAAAAUAUUGACAGCAGAUAAACAAUUUAAGGAGAAAGAAAAUCGAUCAUUUUUCAGUGUUUACGUAAUAUUUAAUCACGUGAUGAUUAUUUGAAUACCUAAAGCUGUUCUGGUCGUAAAAGAUAUGGGAUACAUUAAUAAAGUAACACGGCGUUACUCUUUGGUAAGUUUAAGUGCGAAAAUAAACUUUGCUUGUACAUUGAUUCGAUGAGAGAAUGGGAGUUGUAUAUCGGAAGAACAAGAGAAGCAAUUCUUGCCAGUGCCUUUUAUUCAAUGUUCAACAAAAUAAGCGCUCAGACUGAACUCGUUGAUAUAUAUGGCACUUGAACAUGAGUGAAUGAUUCUGGUGAAAGUUUGUCUGUCUCUUGUGCAUUUGUACAGUUAUUAUGUACUUUUUUCUCUACAGUUCCUUUGUAAUAAAUAAAAUAAUAAAUUGUGUUACUAUAACAUA